AUGGAUUCUAGGCUCCUGAUUGGACCAGGGGUCCCCACAUCGGACCCGACCACGCCGGCACCCUGGAACAUCAGCACCAUCGGUCCGCACCGGCUGAUGGGAAUGUCUCCUGUCACACCAGCUGGCUCUGUGGUUCCAAACCACAUAUUUCCAACGGUUGACGUCCCAGAUCACGCUCACUACACCAUCGGGGUUGUCAUCCUGGUCGUGGGCAUCACAGGCAUGCUGGGAAACUUCUUAGUUAUAUAUGCUUUCUGCAGGAGCCGGAGCUUGCGGACACCAUCCAAUAUUUUUAUUAUUAACCUGGCAGUCACAGACUUCCUCAUGUGUUUUACUCAGACACCAACCUUCUUCAUCAACAGCAUGCACAAACGAUGGAUCUUUGGAAAGAAAGGUUGUGAAAUCUAUGCCUUCUGCGGAGCCCUGUUUGGUAUCUGCAGUAUGAUGACACUGAUGGUUAUUGCGGUGGACCGGUAUGUGGUGAUCACCAAGCCUCUGGCCUCCCUUGGCGCGAUGUCUCGCAGGAAAGCCCUGGGCAUCCUGGCUGCUGCCUGGGUCUACUCCGUAGGAUGGAGCCUUCCCCCCUUCUUUGGCUGGAGUGCUUAUGUCCCAGAGGGUCUGAUGACGUCUUGUUCCUGGGACUACAUGACGUUUACCCCGUCUGUCCGUUCCUACACCAUGCUGCUCUUUACCUUCGUCUUCUUCAUCCCUCUCUUCAUCAUCAUCUUCAGCUACUGCUGCAUCUUCAGAGCCAUCCGUCACACAACGCGAGCAAUAACAAAGAUCAACUGUGGAGGAACCAGAGACUCAGCAAAGAGGUUCCAUAAGAUGAAGACUGAAUGGAAGAUGGCAAAGAUUGCACUCAUCGUCAUCCUGCUCUUUGUCAUCUCCUGGGCCCCUUACUCCUGUGCAGCCCUCACUGCAUUCGCUGGGUACGCUGAUUUGUUGACUCCGUAUAUGAACUCUGUUCCCGCUGUGAUCGCCAAAGCCUCUGCGAUCCACAACCCCAUCAUAUAUGCCAUCACACAUCCCAAAUACAGGUCAGCACUUGGCAGGUAUAUUCCCUACCUCGGGGUGUUGCUGUGUGUUACCGGCAGAGACCGUUUAACCAGCAGCAGUUUCUAUUCCACGCGCCAUUCAACCCUCACCAGCCAAACGGAGAGCAAAGGCAAGGCCCGCAACUCCUCCCAGUCUGAGAGCGAAUCAGCCCACUUCUCAGACACGGAGGAGGACUGCUCGUCUCGGACGCCCGCCACUCGUCAGCUGUCCGUUGAUGUUAAACAGAUGCGCCAUGCCAGCCAGAGGACGAAAGUGAGAGGCGACAAGGGAGAGUUUGAGAGAACCGUCGCCCACAACCCCACUGGCCCGACCAUAUGUCAACUCUCAAAGAUCACAAUGCUGACGGAGCCCGAAGACAUCAUGUCGGAGGACAUCUCCAUGUCGGACAUCAUCAGCCUGAAGCCAAUCAGUCGUCUUCCUGCUACUCCGGACAACGUGACGGAAGAGUCUAGGCCGAGGACAACGACGUCCUUCAUUGUAACCUCCGUAUCCAGCCCGUCUAUACUGUAUAGCCCCCAAGGUUUCCCUGGCAACCAAGUACCCCCUUGA